AUGAGAGCCGAAAAUCCCUCUAGAAUGACGCCGGAAGAUGCCCGCAGACGAAUGAUUCCAAAUCUUUUUGGACGAGCUCCUCAACCAGCAGUUGAGGUUGCUGUUGCUGAAGAGCAUCAACCUUUACUUGGAGACCUGUCUGACAAUCUUGAGGAUGUGAGAGCUGCUUUCGACCGAGGUGGAAAGGCAACUUUGGACGCGCUUAGUACGGGUUGGAGGACCUUCUAUGAGUUUGUCUAUCGCGGGCCGGUGGUUGAUCUCGGAGUAGGAAUUGUCAUUGGAUCCACCUUCUCGUCCAUCAUCACCUCCUUUAUUGAUGAUAUACUUACGCCUCCUGUUUCAUUACUGGUUGGAGGCUCAUCAUUGCGCCAAUGGUUUAUUGUUCUUCGACCGGGAAAGUCUGGAAAUUGGAGCUACUUGACCUUGGAGGACGCGAAAGCUGACGCAGCAAUAACCGAAAACGUUGGGCGAUUCUUGAAUUAUAUCUUGAACUUUCUUAUUGUGGCUAUGGUGAUGUUGUUUAUUGUUAGAGGCCUUUCUGGUUUGAAACGAAAACUCGAUCCAACCGCUGAAACUUCAAUGAGUUGUCCUGCUUGCACCAAUAGUGUGAGCAGUUUGGCGCUCAAAUGUCCACAUUGUUGUACGUGGCUCCUUAUGCAGAGUGGAAUAUUCGUUAUCGACCAUGGCAAGCAUUGA